AUGAUUUGCCUAGUUUGGAAUGCGCGGGGGUUGGGGAGCUCCCACGCAUUCCAUGAACUCCGUCGGUUAGUUACCGGCUACUCCCCGCUUGUGCAGUUCAUUUGCGAGACAAAAGUCACUACGAAGAAAUGUAAUUGGUGGCGUUCUGUCCUACAUUUUGAUGGACAACUGGUCGUUGAUUCUAAAGGUGCGAGUGGCGGGCUUAUGCUCCUUUGGAAUGAACCUUGCGUGGUUAACGUGUCAAGUUUUUCCGACGGACACAUUGAUUGUGUAAUACAAAACAAUGAUAUUUUGUGGAGAUUCACGGGUUUUUACGGCAAUCCAGAUGUGCAAAAGAGACAUCAUUCCUGGACUCUCAUGCAAAGGCUAGCAACUAGUGGAAUGCUUAAUAUUCCUUGGCUCAUUGGAGGAGAUUUCAAUGAGAUCACCAACAGAGCUGAAAGUUGUGAUAGAAGCAGGCGGCCGUGGGCUCAGAUGCGUGAUUUCAACAGCGCUAUAAAAUUUUGUGGCCUUAAAACAAUCCCAUGUGACGCAGCUUUUUCUUGGUACAAUAAGAGAAAAGGCGACGACGCUCGUUUCUUGAUGCUUGAUCGGUUCCUGUGUAAUAGGAUGAUGGAAGACACUUUUGAUUUUGGGGAAGUGAAAGUUCUGGAUACACACGGCUCGGAUCACAAUCCGCUCUUGCUUUCGCUGUCAGUUCGCAAUGAUCAUUUUGAACGGGGGAAUGGUUACAAAAGCCAGGAGUGUCGACCACUUCAUGACAGAUUGGAGAGGUGUCAAAGUUUCUUGAAAGCUUGGUCCAGGGACAAGUUCGAGUCUCCCACUAAAAAGUUAUCUGAACUCCGAAAAAAACGUCUUAAACUUAUACAAAGGAGGAACCUUUCAAAGAAUUUUGAUGUUGAGCUCCAGCAGAUUACGAAGGAUAUUGAGAAGAUUACCGAAGCUGAGGAACUUCACUGGAAGCAAAGAUCCCGAGCUAAUUGGUUGGGCUUGGGAGAUAGGAAUUCAAAGUAUUUCCAUGCUUUCGUUAGCAAGCGAAGACAGAAGAAUACUAUUAAAUGUUUGCGCAGGAGCGACGGAACGGAGGUUAGAAAAGAGGGAGAAAUGGCAGAUGAGAUCCAUGCUUAUUUCAGCACCAUCUUUCAGUCCAGUCUGCCAGAGCUCUCUUGUAUUGAUGAAAUCACGAAUACCUGCUCUACUUUCUUAGGGGAUUCUGCUAAAGCCGAGUUGGCAGCCCCAUUUUCUGAGGAAGAAGUUCGCAAAGCGAUUUUCCAAAUGCAUGCUCAUAAAGCCCCGGGGCCCGAUGGCUACCCACCGUUCUUCUUCCAAAAGUUUUGGGGGGAAAUUGGAGAUGCCGUGACUAAUGAGGUCUUAAAUGUACUCAACGGAAAUUCUUCUAUUCGCCACUGGAAUAAGACACACAUCGUUCUCAUCCCCAAAGUCAAGAAGCCCAAAGAUGUUAAAGAUUUCAGGCCCAUCAGUCUCUGCAAUACCUCGUACAAGAUGGUGGCAAAAGUUCUUGCAAAUCGCCUGAGAACGGUCCUCAAUUUGGUGAUAGAUGAGUCUCAGAGUGCGUUCAUCCCGGGCCGUCUAAUUUCUGAUAACAUUAUUCUUGGCUACGAGUGUAUGCACUGGAUCCGAAACAAGAAGUUGGGGCAUGAGGCCUUUGCUACAGCCAAACUCGACAUGAGUAAGGCGUAUGACAGAGUUGAGUGGAGAUUUCUGCGAGCGAUGAUGGUGGUCCUUCGUUUCCCUUUGCAUUUGGUGGAUUUGGUGAUGCAAUGUAUUUCUACCGUGGAGUUUUCGUUUGUGAUCAACUGUAAAGUCUAUGGCUCGCUUUUUGCUUCACGAGGAUUGAGACAAGGAUGCCCACUUUCGCCAUUUUUGUUUGUUUUAUGUGCUCAGGGCUUCUCUUCUCUUCUCAAAAGCUACGAGAAUCAAGGCCUGUUGAGCGGGGUUAUCAUGGCACGUCAUUGCCCGUCUAUCACAAAUUUGUUCUUUGCUGACGAUAGUUUGAUUUUCUUCAAGGCGGAAGAAGAGGGAGCACGGUGUUUGGGUACUGUUCUUCAAAAAUAUGCAAAAGCUUCUGGACAAAUCAUUAAUUAUGAGAAAUCUACUAUUUCUUUCAGUCCCAAUAUGCGGCCCCCAGAUACUGUUUUGGUGACGGAGAUUCUUGGGAUCAGUGAAACUACCGGCCAUGCUUUGUAUUUAGGAUUGCCUACAUUUGUCCCUCGCCAAAAGAAAUUACACUUUGAUUAUCUGAGGGAUAGAGUGUAUAAAAAACUCAAUGGAUGGGAUCAUAAGUUCUUUUCGGCUGGAGGAAAACAAACUUUUAUUAAAUCAGUUAUCCAAUCGAUCCCCACUUACGCAAUGGCGUGUUUCCGUAUUCCGGUUGGUAUUUGCGCUGAUAUUGAAAAGGCUUGCAGCCAAUUCUGGUGGGGUGAUAGUGACAAGGGGAAGAAGAUGCACUGGGCUAAAUGGGAGCGUUUGUGUCAGCCUAAAUCGAGGGGAGGUCUCGGCUUUCGGCAGCUUAUUCCUUUCAAUCAGGCAUUGUUGGCUAAACAGGUAUGGCGUCUCAUUAAACACCCCAACUCUCUUUUGGCCCGGGUGCUCAAGCAACGUUAUUUUCGUGAUGAAGACGUCAUGACAGCCAAGAUCUCUCCAAACUGCUCUUUUGUUUGGAGAUCGAUUUGUUGGGGAAGAGAGCUUCUUGGUCAAGGCUUAAGGUGGAAAGUGGGGAACGGCAAAAGCAUUCGUGCCUUUCAUGAUAGAUGGAAUCCCGGCUCUGGUAUUUGGGAUUCGAGCCUUGGUGAGGAAAACUCUAAUCCUAUGAUGGUUGGGGACUUUGUUUCGACAAAUGCGAAGUGGGAUUUGGAUAAACUGCUUAAUUUCUUCCCCCAGUAUGUUGUGGAUUCUAUCUGUUCGAUUGAAGGUCUCAAUGAUCAAAAGAUGGACCUUAGGUUUUGGGCUUUUGAUGAGAGGGGCAGGUAUGUGGUGAAAUUCGGUUAUUUAUGUGCUACUAAUUUUUAUUCUCCUCAUCCCUAUUCGCCUUCUUGUGAACUGACUAGUUGGUGGAAGAAAUUUUGGGCUCUUAAUCUGCCACCCAAGGUUCUUCAUUUUGCUUGGCGUAUGCUCUUUAACAUGAUUGCUAUGAACGGAAAUCUUGUUUCUCAUCACGUUCCGACUUUGGGUUUCUGUUUUUGGUGCAAGAAAGAGUGGGGUUCGACAUCUCAUGGUCUUUUGUGGUGUGAUAAGGUGCGGGCAGCUUGGAAGGCGACUGUUUUCUGGGAAGAUAUUCGCUGCUUUAAACACCUUUCGAUGGAGGACUUAUGCCGUCUUGUAGCGGAUAAAAAAGGGAUCGAUGGGCUGGAGAGAUGGCUGUUUUUGCUGUGGUUUGUGUGGAAAUUCCUUUGUGAUAUCAAACAUGAGAACAAAUCAGGUGAUUCUGAACUGAAUCUUUUGGUGGGGGAUCGCAUGCUAAGCUCGUUCCAGAAAGCUCGUCAACAAGUUUUUGUUGAGCAGCGCCUUUUGCCGAGGGAAGGUUCUCGCCUUUGGCAGCCUCCCCCUCAAGGAUUGCUUCGGCUUGAUGUGGAUGUCUCCUAUCACGAUGCAGGUAGACGAGUGGGGAUGGGUUUUAUUCUUCGUGAUGCGCUUGGGAAAAUUGUUGCAGCUGGAUGUCAGAGAAUUGGCCAUACAGCUACGGUCCUGCUUGGUGAACUUCACGCCCUUCUGCUUGCCAUUGGGUUUUGUUUGGAAAAUGAUACAGGUCCUGUGGUUGUUUAUUCGGAUUCCUUGCUCGCCAUUCACGUUCUUCAAGACUCUCACCAUGGUUCGGAUUCGCUCUGUGAUGAUCUUUGGGAAGUUUUUUCUCAUGCUAGAACUUUUGUUGUUGUGGAUUUUCUUCAUGCUCGUCGUGAAGCUAAUCGAGCAGCUCAUGAGCUUGCUCGUCUUUCUGUUUCUGUCUCUGAUGUAAUGAUCUGGAAGUCCGGUUUUCCCGACUAG